CGCACUUGAACUCAGAAGCACUUUGCCCUGAACUGUGGUGAGAGCCAAGAUGGGGAGAAGGCGGUUCUCUGGUUUGGAGGUGACAUUAAUGGUCAUGUUUUCACUUGUGAGUGUGGCAGCCAUCGCUCUCAUAAUUCUGUUCUUCACCGGAGAAGGUGGAUUCGUUAAAGAUGAAUCUACUGAAGCAUUCAUCCCUCAGUGUCCUAACAUUCCUCUGGCUGAAAGAGUAGACUGCUUCCCUGAUGCUGGAGCCUCCAAGCUGCGGUGUGAGGAGCGUGGAUGCUGCUGGGGCCCCCUGGACGAGAGGAACGUCCCCUGGUGUUUCUUCCCAACCAACCAUGGAUACACAGUGGAAUCCACCGAGCAGCCGAAUCCUUACGUAAUGAAUGCCCGUCUGAAGAGAAUGGCUUCUCCUUCUUUGUUUGGGGCUGAUAUUCCAGAGCUGUCUUUUCACGCAGAGAUGCAGACAAACAACCGACUCCAUUUUAAGAUCUCUGAUGCCCAAAACAAGAGGUUUGAAGUCCCUCAUGAGCACAUCAGCAGCCUCACCAGUGAGCCCUCCAGCCCCAUCAGCAACACACUGGAGAUGACGAGCAAACCCUUUGGCCUUGUUGUGCGCAGGAAGGAGAACAACAAAGUCCUGUUUGACACUACGAUGGCUCCGCUGGUGUUUGCGGAUCAGUAUUUACAGAUCUCUGCUAAGCUUCCAUCCCAUAAUAUCUACGGCCUGGGAGAACAUGUGCAUAAACAAUUUCGCCAUGACACAAGCUGGAGAACCUGGCCCAUCUUCACCAGAGAUGCUUUCCCUAAUGGGGGAACACACAACCUCUACGGACACUACCCCUUCUUCCUCUGUCUGGAAGAUGGGAGCGGAAAGUCAUUUGGGGUCUUUCUCAUGAACAGCAAUGCUAUGGAGGUGACUUUGCAACCAGCUCCUGCUGUGACCUACAGGACGAUCGGAGGGGUCCUUGACUUCUACAUCCUCUUUGGAGACACGCCAGAACAAGUGGUGCAGGAGUUUGUUGAGCUCAUUGGCAGGCCGGUCAUUCCACCCUACUGGUCCCUGGGUUUCCAGCUUUCUCGUUGGAACUACGGCAGCAUGAAGGAGGUCAAAGACACAGUGGAGAGGAACCGUGCUGUAGGCAUCCCAUAUGACAUUCAGUACACUGACAUCGACUACAUGGAGGAAAAGAAAGAUUUCACUUACGACAAAGUCAAUUUCAAAGACUUGCCUCAGUUCGCCGACUACCUUCAUGAGAAGGGACAGAGAUACAUCCUCAUCCUGGACCCUGCAGUGGCUACCAGUAAGAGGGUAGGGGGUGCUCCGUAUGAGUCCCUUGACCGCGGGAAUGUGAAGAAGGCCUGGAUCACUGAACCAGACGGAGAAACACCACUGUUAGGAGAGGUGUGGCCAGGAGAGACUGUAUUUCCAGACUACACCAGCCAAGCCUGCAUUGACUGGUGGGUUGAUGAAUACGACAGAUUCUCCAAGGAGAUCAAACACGAUGCCCUCUGGAUUGACAUGAACGAGGUGGCUAGUUUCGUGAAAGGAUCAAAUAAGGGCUGUGCUGAUAACAAACUCAACUAUCCUCCAUACACCCCAAAGAUUCUGGACGAGGUGAUGUACAGUAAGACUCUGUGCAUGGAUGCCAAGCAGGCCUGGGGGGACCACUAUGAUGUCCACAGUCUGUAUGGCUACUCUAUGGUGCUGGCUACUGAAAAAGCUCUGCAGCGUGUGUUUGGAGGGAACCGUACCCUGAUGUUGACCCGCUCCUCCUUUCCAGGUGUGGGAAAAUAUUCGGGUCACUGGCUGGGGGACAAUGCUGCCAACUGGAACGACAUAAAAUGGGCCAUCCCUGGCAUGCUGGAGUUUGGGCUCUUUGGGGUUCCCUAUAUCGGCGCAGACAUCUGUGGAUUCUUUGACGACACCUCUGAAGAGUUGUGCCGGCGCUGGAUGCAGGUGGGGGCUUUCUAUCCCUUCAGCCGGAACCACAACGCUGAGGGCUACAAGCCCCAGGAUCCAGCUGUGUUCGGUGCCAACUCAACCCUGUUGGAAAGCUCUAUACAUUACCUGACGAUACGUUACACGCUCCUGCCUUACCUCUACACACUCUUCUACAAAGCCCACACCACGGGGGAGACUGUUGUUCGUCCUGUCAUGCACGAGUUCUUCUCUGACAGUAACACCUGGACGGUGGACCGGCAGUUCCUCUGGGGAAAACACCUGCUCAUCACACCUGUACUAGACCCGGGUAAGGACAGCGUGUGGUCGUAUAUCCCAGAUGCCGUAUGGUAUAACUAUGAGACGAUGGAACGAGUGGCAGACCGCAAGAAGUAUAUUGAUAUGUACGUGCCAGCUGACAAGCUUGGUUUACACCUCAGAGGCGGGGCCAUCCUCCCAACACAGAGACCUGAUGUCACCACCACAUACAGUCGGCGUCAUCCCAUGGGAUUGAUUGUCGCUCUCGAUGACAACAACCAGGCGGCCGGGGAGCUAUUCUGGGACGACGGAGACACCAGAGACACAGUUAAAACAGGCAACCACAUCCACUACGACUUCUCCGUUACGGCUGGAGUGCUUACUAUGCAGGUGACCCAUGCCGGUUACAAGGACCCAAACAACCUCAUUUUUGAGAACAUCACUGUCCUUGGUGUGCUGGGAGAACCCGUGUCAGUCACUAUCACUAGCAUCAGAAAAAAUGAAGCCACCAGAGUGCCCAAAGCAAACAUCAACUACGAUGCAGUAAAGAAGGUGAUGUUCCUGACCGGCCUCCCGAUGAUUGUUGGGGAGUCGUAUAAGGUCUCGUGGGAAGUGCAACUCAUUGAGUACCAGCGCUUCGACUGCUACCCAGAGGAGAACACAGAUGAGUCGAAGUGCAAAGCCAGAGGCUGCAUCUGGCAGCCAACCGACCUUGAACGUGUUCCAUGGUGCUUCUAUCCAGAAGACUACGGAUACAUCGUGACGAAAGCAACAGAAACCUCCUCAGGAAUGACUGUUGACAUUAAUCGGAACAACAAGUACCGGAGCAAUGGUCUUCCAGGGUCCCCAGACAUCAACACACUCCGGGUUGAGAUCCGUUACCACAAGAGUGAUAUGCUGCAGUUCAAGAUCUGGGACCCGAACACGGAGCGUUACGAGGUCCCAGUGCCGCUGGCGGUCCCUGCUACUCCCGAGACUGACGAGACCAAAAGGCUUUACAAGGUCCAGCUUACCAAUAACCCGUUCGGCAUCCAGGUCAUAAGGAAAAGCACAGGAACCAAGAUCUGGGACUCCUCCGUGCCAGGUUUUACCUUCUCAGACCUGUUCAUCCAAGUGUCUACACGACUGUCAUCGGAGUAUGUGUACGGCUUCGGAGAGACGGAGCAUCCCACCUACAGACACAACCUCAACUAUCACACCUGGGGAAUGUUCUCCAAAGACCAGCCUCCCGGUUACAAGAUGAAUUGCUACGGAGUGCAUCCCUUCUAUAUGGGCCUGGAGAACACUGCUGACGCUCACGGUGUGCUGCUACUUAACAGCAAUGCCAUGGAUGUGACUUUCCAACCUACUCCAUCAAUAACCUAUCGAACUUUGGGGGGCAUCCUUGAUUUCUACAUGGUCCUGGGACCUACGCCUGAAAUGGUGGUGCAGGAGUACACUGCGCUGAUUGGACGACCUGUUCUACCUGCCUACUGGUCCCUUGGGUUCCAGCUCUGUCGCUAUGGAUACAACAAUGACCAGGAAAUAGCAGAUCUGUACGAAGGCAUGAAGGCAGCGGCCAUACCCUAUGAUGUGCAGUAUGCAGACAUUGACUACAUGGAGCGUCAGCUGGACUUUGUUCUAGACUCACAGUUUCAAGGUCUGCCUGCACUGGUGGACAAGAUGAGGGCUGAUAGCAUGAGGUUCAUCUUCAUUCUGGAUCCAGCCAUCUCAGGCAAUGAGACAGUAGGCACCUACCCUGCUUUUGAAAGAGGUGUAGCACAGGAUGUCUUCAUCAAAUGGCCCAAAGCCAUCAGCACUGAUAUUGUGUGGGGAAAGGUGUGGCCAGAUUUCCCCAAUGUCAUGGUAAAUGAAUCACUGGACUGGGAUACCCAAGUAAAGCUGUACAGAGCAUAUGCCGCGUUCCCUGACUUCUUCCGCAACACAACCGCAGCGUGGUGGCUACAAGAAAUCAAGGAUUUCUAUGGAAAAGUCAAAUUUGACGGCCUCUGGAUUGACAUGAAUGAGCCCGCCAGCUUUGUCCACGGUACAGUUGGAGAGAUCUGUCUUGGUAACCCACUCCUGGAGAACCCACCGUAUAUGCCACCUCUGGAGUCUAAACAUCGUGGGUUGAACCACAAGACUCUGUGCAUGAACAGCGAGCAGAUACUCAGCGAUGGAAAAAGAGUCCUACACUAUGACGUCCACAAUCUCUAUGGCUGGUCCCACACCAAACCCACCUAUGAUGCACUGCUGCAAGUGACAGGUAAAAGAGGUGCUGUGGUGACCAGGUCAACUUACCCUUCCAGUGGAAAAUGGGCCGGACAUUGGCUUGGAGACAACUUUUCGAGCUGGGACCAGCUUUUCAAAUCCAUUAUAGGCAUGAUGGAGUUCAGUCUGUUUGGCAUCUCUUAUACUGGGGCCGACAUAUGUGGGUUCUUCAAUGACGCCGAUUAUGAGAUGUGUCUUCGCUGGAUGCAGCUGGGUGCCUUCUACCCGUUCUCACGAAACCACAACGGCAAGGGGUGGAGGAGACAAGAUCCUGUGGCUUGGGAUGACAAAUUUGCCACGGUUUCCCGGGACGUCCUGAACAUCCGUUACAGCCUGCUGCCCUACCUGUACACACUGAUGUUCGAGGCUCACACCACAGGAAGCACAGUAGUCAGACCCCUCCUGCACGAGUUUGUGAAUGAGAUUACCACAUGGAACAUACACAAGCAAUUCCUCUGGGGACCGGCCCUCCUUAUCACCCCUGCCCUUGAUCCGGGAGUCAUUAGUGUGGAUGGCUAUGUUCCCAACACACGCUGGUAUGACUACUACACGGCCAAAGAAGUUGGAGUGCGUGGAAAAAUGGUGAGCAUGAACACCCCCUUGGAUCACAUCAACCUUCAUGUCAGAGGGGGAUACAUCUUGCCUUGGCAGAAACCAGAGAAUACUACCUUUUACAGCCGGAAGAAUCCUUUAGGACUGAUCGUUGCCCUCAGCGACAACGGGACCGCCCAAGGGUCGCUCUUCUGGGACGACGGUGAAGGAAUAGACACAGUCAAGCUUGAAAAAUACCUGCUUACGACCAUCACUGCAAAGGAGAACUCCUUGUCCAAUGUUGUCGACUACAAUGGCAUCGACGCUGCUGACCGGGUGAACCUGGGUGUGGUGAAGGUUUGGGGCGCAGGUGGGGUUCAGAUCAAGAAUGCGAGCAUAUCGUACAGUGGAACAGAUGUGCCCCUGGUCCCCCGGCACAACCUCGACACUCAGGAGCUGAUUUUAGACACUACUUCCGUGUCUGUUCGUAUGGAUCAGCCUUUCAUUAUAAAAUGGAGCACCACCUGAUCACUUGUUCUACUUUCCUGAUUAAAUCAUAUAGCUGUACAUUAUUCUGCACUGCCACAAAGUAUGGUGUGAAAUAAAAUAAAUGUGUUUUUGAACUAGAAAUGAUGCAGUGCCUUCAUCGAUGAGCAUUCCUGAAAAUAUUGUAGUAUAUUUUUGUAGUUUGUCAAUGUAACGUUAAACCUUCAGUAACAUCACACCAUACCGAGUACAGGCAGAAACAAUGUCAAUCAUUACACGUUUAACAAUAAAUCCUUUGGAUGGUUA